AUGUUUUCUUGUUGCCUGCGUAGCCUUGCGAGGGGACGUGAGCCGCAGGUUCUUGGUACGGCGGUUCCGUCAUUUUAUAACUUCCCCUACCGGGCGCAGGAUGUGUUGCAUUUGUAUCGCGACUUACUGAAACUGAUUUAUCAGCACCCACCUCAGGAGCGUGCGGAUCUUCUCUUUCGUCUGCGCAACGAGUUCCAUAGCCGUCGCCACCUCUCAGCUCCGAAGUUAAUCUCAGCUGCCAUUCGCCGGGGUGAAGGCAUUCUUAACGUCCAGCGCGGCCUCAUGGAAUCACGAUCAGUACGAGCGCGGGCAGUGGCUUCCCGGGAGCGUGGCGCGCAAUCCGUAGACGGGUUGUGGGACCAAUUGCAAAUAGUUUCAGGUCACAUGCUGCCGGGGUUGAGAAAUUUCAGCGCCUCACGGGGUCUGUCACGUGGUUCCUACGUGCGGCAGGCAACUACGCAGGCUGUUUAUUCUAGGCGCAAGUAG